UAUUUUCUUUAUGUUUACUAUUUUAUAUGACUCGUAUGUAAUAAUUAAAUUGAGUCGAUUUAUUAGAUCUGUUUUUAGACCUGCACUAAACUGAAUUAAAACUUUUUCUCGCUUUCGCCAAAUAUAUUAUCAAAUAUGUAUAUAUCUAAAGUGUACACUAGUUCAGCUACAAAAACAGACUUCUUGAGAAUAUUACAAUGCUCAAUUAUUUCUCAGUGAAUACUCCACAUUCUGUUUUCUCCCGAAACUCUGAAACUCUAAUUACGCGAUUGUUCCGCUGACAGCCCACAAGACAUUUUACAACAACAAAUUGAGGUAAGUUCUUCCUAUGUCAUUAAUUUACAUAAAUUACACACACAUCGACAUAUCUUGUAGCAACGAUAUCUUAAUAUAUGUGUAAAUAGAUUAUUCUUAAGAAGAUAUAUAGAAAAAUGUAUGUCGAGUAAGUUCUUCCUAUGUCAUUAAUUUACAUAAAUUACACACACAUCGACAUAUCUUGUAGCAACGAUAUCUUAAUAUAUGUGUAAAUAGAUUAUUCUUAAGAAGAUAUAUAGAAAAAUGUAUGUCGAGUAAGUUCUUCCUAUGUCAUUAAUUUACAUAAAUUACACACACAUCGACAUAUCUUGUAGCAACGAUAUCUUAAUAUAUGUGUAAAUAGAUUAUUCUUAAGAACAUAUAUAGAAAAAUGUAUGUCGAAUGGUGUGUAUAUUGCGUGUAAUUAUUGUAUUGUUAUACACAUAUACACAAUUUACUUUUCAUCUUGUAACAAAUUUUAAAAGGCACAACCAUGCCCUAUGAUGAAGCACGAAUGUGGUUGCGGAGACAACGCCGAAAAACCUCCGCUUUAUUUACCUCAGCCCGAAGAUAAAUAUCCACCAAAACUUGAACACACAAUGGAACCUAUUGGUCCAUGGGCUACAGGCAAAGUAACCUGUUCUCGCGAGAAUGGAAUAACUGGUUUGAGGCCAGUUGCAGAUCGAUAUUCCAUCACUCGCUACGGACCAAGUGAAUGGCGCGCGCACAAUUUGAGUAUCUUUCAGCAAUCGAAUGAGAGAGUCCAUGAUGCUCGAGUCGCAGCUGACCGUGCAAAGCAAUGCAUAGACCAAGUAUACACGACAGCUGACAAAAUACAAUUAGAAACGACGGAACAUUUAAAAACACGGGCUAAUGUGGUUUACCAUUGGAAGACAAAUUUAGAACAUGCGAUCGCUGCCAUUGCAGAAGAGAUGGAAUUGUUAGAAACCGAGCGUCGCCGUGUACAGCGAUCUUUAUCGAUAUUGACCAUUCCUUUGUCAAUCGCAAAUGAAUUUUUGCAGUUACGCUCCUUACGUCUAAACACUGAUCUUGUCCGUGAUAAAGUCGAGGAACAGCUCAUAAAGGAAAUAGCGCUUUGUACCGAGAUACGAGAUUUACUGAGGAGAAUUUAUGAACAGAUCGAAAUGCAAAUGGUCGAAUUGAAAUCUGCGAAAGCGCGAGCAGAGAAUGAUUGGUCUGAUAAAAUUCAUACGUACAAUUUAGACUCCAUAUGUGUGAAUUUGUCUAAUGAUUCUCCACUUCUACUAUGGAAAGCUGGAGCUACGAGAUUUCCAGCCGAUCAAUCUACUCCUACAAGUUACGACCAUUUCACUCAAGAGGUAUUAGCUGAUGGUGAAACUGCUAAACAAAGAUCAAUAAAAUUAAGGUCCACCUUGAAUGAUAUAUAUACUAAAUCCAUUAAAGAUUUACGCGAUCAAGCGACUCGCGUUGACGUUGCACUUGCAAAUAAUGUGGAACUCACACAAGAUUGCCUUCAACAACUAGAGAAUGACUUACUUCGCUGCUUGCAUGAACUAGCAAAUACAGAAAAGUUGAUUGAGACACUUCGGGGUUCAACGAAGGGAUUAAACAAUGGUAUGAAAUUAGCACAAACGAGAUUAGAUAAUCGAUUGAAUCGAUUCAAUGUUGAAAGUUGUCGAGAUGCACCUCAACUUGCUCUUAUUGAAGAAGUGAAAUCACUUGGCGAACAUACUUCUGCUGUAUUGGCAGAAUUAAAACGUGCUGAGGAAGUUCAGGCGGAAUUAGUCAAGACAAGAGGCAUCCUUGAACAUGAAAUAAUGAUAAAACGGAAGACUUUACAUAUGGACAAGGAACGAGGUCAAUUACUGCGUACAUUCUACCCUUCUAAUACAAAGUUGGCUGGAUUUUAAUAAAUUAAAUAUAUAUGUACGUAAUGACAAUGUGCAAUGUAAUGACAGGAAAUUAAAACUGAAUUUAUUAAUCAA